AUGGAUAUUAAAGAUAUACUAAUAUUUAUAGGAACAUAUUUAAUAGCAAUAUUACAAUUUACAUUAUCAAAUACAAUAACCUUAAUAAUAAAAUCACAUCAAAAUUAUCCAGAUUUGACAAAUUUUAUUUUCUUUUUGGUGGGGUUGUAUUUAUUUUAUAAAUUUUUAAUAAAAUCUAUAAAAACAUGGUAUAAUUUUUUAAAAACAACUAUAAAGUUGUUGAUUGUUGUGUUUUUCAUUUUUUUAGUAUUUAUUAUUUAUUUACGUGGUUGGGAUCAAUUCAAGAAUAAUGAUAUACCAUUUAUUAAAAAUUUAAGUUCAUUAAUAUAUAAUUUUGGAAAAAAAUUUAGUUCAACUACCACCAACAACGAAUCAAAAGAUGAUAAUUUUUCAAUUUUUAAAAAUUUAGGAAAUUUAGGAUCUUUUAUAAAUCAACUUACUCAGAAAAAUGUAAAACAUGAAACAUUUGAUGAAUCAUUAGAUGAUUCUCAAGCUUAUUUAAAUUAUAUAAGAAAUAAAUUUGGUGAUGAUUCUGAUUCAAGUUCUUCUUAUGGCACCAAAAACACUAAAGAAAAUUUAAAUUAUGAAAAAUUAGUUGAUGAAGGUUUAAAUUAUUUAAAAGAUAAUGUUAAUAUAAAUGAUGUUGCUAAUAAUUUACAAGAUAUUUUAAAUAGAUUUCAAUAG